AUGUCUGGAAGCUUCUACUUUAUAAUUGUUGGCCACUGGCUCAGCACCUUUUUUGAAAUGGAGUCUUUGCCAGCUGAGAAAGCUGAAUCCAAAGAUGACCACCGUCAUCUGAACCAGUUCCUAGCUCAUGCUGCCCUUGACCUGGUAGAUAAGAACAUGUGGCUGUCAAACAACAUGUACUUAAAACCUGUGGACAAGUUCAAUGUGUGCUUUGUGUCAGCAUUUGUCACUGCAGGGCAUAUGAGAUUUAUUAUGCUUCACGACAUAAGGCAAGAAGAUGGAAUAAAGAACUUCUUUACUGAUGUCUAUAAUUUAUAUAUAAAGUUUGCAAUGAAUCCAUUUUAUGAACCGAAUUCUCCUAUUUGA